AUGGCCUCUUCUGUUCGCUACUACGCUGACCCCUCGGCGGCAGCCCGGUUUGCCACGGAUUUACUAGUAAAGGCUGGUCUUUCCACGGAAGAUUCCAAGAUCAUGGCGGAUUGCUUGGUUAUGGCAGAUGUCCGCGGUGUCGACACGCAUGGCCUAGCGCGGCUACCCCAGUACCUGGACCGCGUCCGGAAUGGCCGUGUCAAGGCAAAGCCUGAAUUCAAGCUAACCGAAAAAACACCCACAGUGGCUCACAUGGAUGGGGACAACGGCUUCGGCUUCGUUGUCGCUACCAAGGCCAUGACAGAAGCCAUUAAACGAGCAGAGACUUACGGAAUCGGUAUGGUCGCAGUAAACCAUUCUAAUCACUUUGGCAUGGCCGCUACAUAUGUGAUUCAGGCGCUGGAGAAGGACAUGAUCUCUUUAGUAUUUACCAACUCAGCUAAACAGAUGCCGCCCUUUGGUGGCAAGGAGAAUCUUCUUGGUAUCUCUCCUUUUGCGGCUGGUGCUCCUUCUAGUACCGAGGUCCCCUAUAUCUUGGAUAUGGCCCCUUCUGUCGUUGCGAAGGGCAAGAUCCGCCGUGCCGCCCGUCGUGGGGAGCCCAUCCCUGAAGGCUGGGCUUUUGGCCCCGAUGGCAAGCCUACUACAGACGCAAAUGUGGCGUUGAAUGGAAGCAUGGCUCCAAUUGGAGGACCAAAGGGAUCAGGGCUCGCCAUCUUGAUGGACAUCAUGUCUGGCGUCUUAACGGGCGCCGCAUUUGGAGGUGAAAUUGGAGAUCAAUAUAAGGAUCCUAGACCCCAAAAUGUCGGUCACUGUUUUAUUGCGAUUAAGCCCGAUAUUUUCAUCACCACCGCUGAAUUCAAAGCCCGGAUGGACACUUUGGUCCAACGUGUUCAUCAUGUUCCGCCUGCCCCGGGGUUUAAUGAGGUGCUUUUCCCUGGAGAGCCAGAACAUCGAAUGGGAAUCCAGCGCCGGAAGGAAGGCAUUCCCUAUGCCGAGGCGGAGAGGAAGAUGUUUAGUGAAGCUGCUGAGCAGUUUGGUGUUUCUGAAAUCCCUCUUUCGGAGACUCCCCUUUCUCUGUCCUAA